AUGUCUCAACAACAAAGAUUUACUCAUGAUGAAUCGGCUGGUUCGAUAAAUGAUCAUCAUGAUAGUUAUGCUCAGCAAGAAGAAACUAAAGUAAUCAAGGCAUCUACAAAACAUCGUGAUUCUAUUGAUUUCCAAUUCAUUCGGCUACUUAGAGAAACUUUAAAUGCAAGACCAGAAAAGAAUAUUGCUCUUAAACCUGAGAGCAGAACAAAUCGAAAUGUUACAUUAUGUGCAGCGAUUACACGUUUACUUAAAGAAAUCUAUCUUAGUAGCAUUACUUAUUCGCGCAAUUAUCAACUUUUAUGUGGCAUUCCAUUGAAUGUAAGCAAUAAUCAAUUUCUAUUGGUUAUGCGCACUGACGGUCGUAUUAUCGCUAUCAGCGAUGAAGCUAAACAUCAUUUAAGAAAAGAAAUGCGUGUACUAUAUGCACAGAUGAUCAACAUUUUAGAUUGUCUCGAUAAUACGGACCGCGACAAAUUACAAACGGUUUUUCGUUCUUCAGUUGACUUUCCUAAUCAAGAACAUUCACUCAUAUGUACUUUACGUUUGCCUAAAGGUAAACGACCGAGUCGAAUCAACGAAGAUGUAACGACAAUAAAUAUGUCUGGCCAUUUUUAUGCAUGUGACGAUGAGUCAUCGUCAUCGGAAAAAUUAUUUAUUGCUCAUUGUGAACCAUUAAUAUCUUCAACUGCAAAAGGAAAGCACUCUUCGCAAUCAGUUACGAAGGCCAAUAGUGAUAAUUCAAGAUCAACAAUUAUGUUUACAUUACAGGAGAACAUGAUGAUUAGUGACGUUUCACUUAAUGUGAAAGAUAUUCUUGGCUACAAACGUCAGGAAAUGAUUGGUCAAUAUUUUGGAAGAUAUUUAAUAGCUGAUUAUCUUGAAAAAUUCGAAACAAUUCGACAAAAAUUUUUUGAACAUGCAGCACAGCAACAACCACAACAACAACAAAAAGCAUCACCAAUGAACGUUUUUGAAGUACUUGAUAUGUAUGGAAAUAAUGGUGAUGAACGUUUGACAUUUUUAUGCCAAUUACGAAUACACCGUAAGCCAAGAUCGAAGCCAAUUGAAUUCAUAGUUACCGCUCAACUUAUCGACCCCUCAUUACGAGAUCAAUAUAUUCAAUGUAUGCAAUCUGAAUUGGAAAUAAAUCCAAUAUCAACCGAAAUCCAGCAAGUAAAUCUCGUUCAUCUGUCAGCAUCUGCACCGAUCGAAAAAUCAACCAUCGUCCCGAGCUCGUCGCGCAACGUGGACGAUAUCGUGUACAGCAACAUCUCAAGCAACAACUCCCAUCAACCACCACAUUCACCAUUCAACGGACAGUUUUCAAGCGAAGAUCCUAUCUGGUCCAGCAUCGACGAUGAAUCUUGGAAGCAAAUCUGUAACUUCGAGUGCGACCCAUCCCCAAGCAACAACUCUUUCCAUCACCAACAACAUUCCGCAUUCGUUCGACAGCUUUCAACGGGUGUUGCCCCACUCGGUUUCGACAAUGGAGAUUCGGAGAACUUCUUUAACGCCGACUUCAAUAGAUCCCCAAGCAACAGCUCUGGCAAACAGCCACAACUUUCGCCAUGCAACGGACAGCUUUCAAAUGAGGCUACUGCCCAGUUCAGUAUCGAUUAUGACUAUUGGGGAAAAUUCUUUAGCACCGACGACAAUCAAUCGUCAACAAGAGCAGACUUCUUCGACAAUAACUUCGACACAUGUCAAUCCGGGCUAGAUCAAGCAAAUUUUUCCAACAAUCUAGAUGAACUCCUUGAGAUUGGCUGUUUCUAUUGA